AUGGUGUACAUUGGUAUCCCCCAAAACUAUACGGCCUCUCCGUCCUCGUUUGCAGCGACAUCUUUGACUAUCAAUCAUGAGGCUACUCACGAUCUUGACUCCUCCAACGCUUUUGAGGGUCCCGAGAAGUUGCUAGAGGUGUGGUUCGCCCCCUCCGCCGAAGCUCUAGGACCCGCACAGCCAGCCGGUUUGAAGGCUGUGCCUGAGGAAAUAUGGAAGGAUAUGCUGGAUCUCGUCAACUGCAAGGUGCUAUCGAUCGUCUCGUCCGAAGACCUGGACGCCUAUCUUCUUUCAGAGUCCAGCAUGUUUGUCUGGCCCCAUAAGCUUAUCUUGAAGACCUGCGGCACCACCACCUUGCUGUCCGGCCUGCCCCGCAUCCUAGAGAUUGCUGCCCUGUUCGGUGGCUUCCCCAAGGCGGCCACCCCGUCUCGUGGCCUGGCUGUUGCCGCUGCGCCGUAUCGUGUUUUCUACAGCCGCAAGAAUUUUCUCUUCCCGGACCGCCAGCGCGGCCCUCACCGUAGCUGGAGAGAUGAGGUUCGCACGAUGGAUAGGCUCUUCCUGAACGGCAGCGCCUACAUGAUUGGCAAGAUGAACAGCGAGCACUGGUAUCUGUACGUGACGGAGCCCUAUACUCUGCUCACUCCACCUGCCAGCCCCAAGAUGGAAGCCGAGUUCCACGAGACGGAGACCAAGGUUUUGGAUCUCCCCGGAGAAACGGGAACCUCCGAGGAAGAGGACGAGACGCUCGAGAUCCUCAUGACCGACCUGGAAGAAGAGAACGCCAAGCAGUUCUAUCUGGAUAACGCGGCCGCCGUGGCCGAGAAGAAGUACCGCAACCUGGGCCAUCAGGAGGACGACCACGUGGAUGUUUUUAGCAACCACUCGUCCGAUAUGAGCGACAUCGACUCUGACAAUGGCAACAAUGACCUGCCUCCCGAGCUGACCACCGAGGGCCAUGCCCUGGGCACUGUGGUUUCCGAAGGCUGUGGCCUGUCCGACGUGUACCCGAAGAGUGUGUAUCCUGAAUCGCGCGUCGACGCCUACCUGUUCACCCCCUGCGGCUUCUCCGCCAACGGGGUGAUCCCCGCGCCUCAAGGAAGCUCCGGUACCCACUACUUCACCGUGCACGUCACGCCGGAGCCGCACUGCUCGUAUGCCUCGUUCGAGACCAACGUGCCUCACAAACAGAACGGUCAGACCACCGCAGGCAUCAUCCAGCAGGUCGUCGAUAUCUUCAAGCCCGGUCGCUUCAGCAUCACGCUCUUCGAGGCCAAGCCUGCCCCGGAAGCGACCGAUGGCGACUACGACCCUGCCAAGGAACUCAAGUUCUUCCAGCGCCAGGCAGCUCGUCGUGCGACCAACAUGGAGAAGAUCGCAGGAUACCGUCGCGUAGACCGCAUUGUCCACGAUCUGGACGGCUACGACCUCGUGUUCCGCUACUACGAGCGCAACGACUGGAAGGGGGGUGCCCCGAGAAUUGGAGAGAGAGGAAUUUAA